ACAGACCGUCCCCUUCCACUCAGGUGUAUAUAGUCCUAGUCCUGGCUGCAGCUGUGUACAGACACCGCUAUAGAUGUGUUAAGACCCGCCCCUUGAGGGGGGAACUACUAGUGACUGCUUCUCCUCCACAGGCGAGCACAGAUUAAAGAGCGACUGGAUAUUGAUUUGUUUUAUCAUAAUUUUUUAAGUCAUUCCACAAUGUCUUGUUUACAUAAACGUCCGAAAAGGACCCUAUCGCAGGAGCAGGCUCUCCAGGAACAGGUGAAAAAAGUUGCAAAGGAAAAUGGAAAACGCCUAGGUUUGGAGGGCGAUGCAGAUCUGCAGUUCUUGCUGCUCGGCGGGGAGCUUGUCAAGAUUCGCUCGAGCUCCUGGAAGAAGAACCGCUUCUUCAAGCUGCAGGAAGACUGCAAAACAUUUUGGCAUGAAUCCCACAAAACAUUCAGGCGAAACCAAACUUUCUCCAUUGAUGACAUUGAUUCAGUGCGCAGGGGCCGUCAGUCUGAGGGACUUAAUAAACACACCGAGCCCACUGUUGAAGAGAAGUGCUUCUCCAUCAUCUUCAAGGGCCGCAAAAAAAAUCUCGACCUGAUGGCAGCCAGUGGGGGGGAGGCGAAACAGUGGGUCAACGGCUUGGAGAAGAUCAUCAGCAAUAUGCGCAACCUCAACCCCCAGCAGAAGAGUGCGCACUGGAUCAUUAAUUGCAUGCGGAAAGCAGACAAGAAUGGGGACAACAAGAUGACCCUGAAGGAGGUGAAGCACUUCCUGCGACAGAUCAACGUUGAAGUGAACGACACUUACGCAGAGGAAAUUUUCAAGAAAUGUGACACGUCCAAUUCAGGCACCUUGGAGGAUUCAGAGAUUAAGGAUUUCUACAACCUACUGACGCACCGCGAGGAAGUAGAUGUGAUUUUUGCGAAAUACGCUGAAACAGAGGGUCAGAUGAGUGUCAAAGACCUGCGGAACUUCCUGUUGAAUGAGCAAAGAGAACCGGCAACCACAGAGGACGCUCUAAAGCUGAUUGAAAAAUACGAGUUGGAUGAGAACGCAAAGGAGAAGAAGCGAAUGAGCAAAGAUGGCUUCCUGAUGUACCUGCACCAGGAGGAUGGCUCCAUCCUCAACCCGGCCCAUAAACACGUGUACCAGGACAUGCACCAGCCCCUCAACCAUUACUACAUCUCCUCAUCACACAACACAUACCUGAUGGAGGACCAAUUAAAAGGACCCAGCAGCACAGAAGCCUACAUAAAAGCACUGAUGAAGAGCUGUCGCUGUGUGGAACUGGACUGUUGGGAUGGAGCUAACGGGGAGCCUGUUAUAUUCCACGGCCACACACUCACAUCCAAAGUGAUCUUCAGAGACGUCAUCAAAGCCAUCAAAGACUACGCCUUCAAAACAUCUGAGUAUCCAGUGAUCCUGUCCUUGGAGAACCACUGCACCUUGGACCAACAGAAGCUCAUGGCUCAUCAUUUGAUCUCCAUCCUGGGUGAUGCUUUAGUCACGAAGCCUCUGGGCAACAAAAUGCCCACCAACUUCCCCUCACCAGAGGAACUGAAGGGCAAGUUCCUCAUCAAGGGAAAGCGAUUGAACAAACUGGAUGCUUUCUUCAACAACAACAACACCGUAGAGGAAGACAUUGUGUCUGAGGAUGAUGAGGCUGCAGAUUGUAAGGAGAAUGGCCAAAAAGCCAAACCAAAGAAAUCAAAAAUCAAACUUGCCAAACAGCUCUCAGACAUCGUCAUCUACUGCAAGAGCGUCCAUUUUAAUGGCUUUGAACACUCCAAGGACAACCAGGCCUUCUAUGAGAUGUCAUCCCUCAAGGAGAGUAAAGCUUUCAACCUGGCUGAGACUUCAGCUACUGCCUUCAUCCAUCACAACAUGGACAAACUCAUUCGAAUCUACCCAGCUGGCACCAGAACGGACUCCUCCAACUAUAACCCAGUGCCUAUGUGGAACGCUGGCUGCCAGAUAGUGGCACUGAACUUCCAGACUGCCUGCAAGGAGAUGGAUCUGAACCAGGGUCGGUUUCUGCCAAACGGUUUUUGUGGCUACAUCCUGAAACCUGAAUUUCAGAGAAACCUGUCCUCUCAGUUUGAUCCCAACGCACUAACCAAGGGGCCGUGGCUAAAGAGGAAGACCUUUCAUGUCAUGGUGAUCUCAGCUCAACAGUUACCUAAAAUCAACAAGGACAAACACAAAUCCAUCGUUGACCCUCUGGUGAGAGUGGAGAUCCACGGUGUCCCAGAAGACAUUGACAGCCAGGUGACACACCACAUUAACAACAAUGGGUUCAACCCAAUGUGGAAUCAGAGUUUCCAGUUUGAAAUCCACGUCCCAGAGCUGGUCAUGGUGCGAUUUGUGGUGGAGGACUAUGACUCAACAUCCCAAAAUGAUCUCAUCGGGCAGUAUUGUCUACCACUCACCAGUGUACAGAACGGUUAUCGCCACGUCCCGCUACUCACCAAGCGAGGAGACGUCAUCACAUCAGCCGGACUGUUUGUGCAUCUUAUGCUCAUCGACGCCAAGUAGGCCCGUGUUUGGAAAACCCUCAGUGCCAGCAGCAGCAUUUCUUUUUUUUGGAAAACUCUAAAAGAAUUUGUCCAGUUUUAAAGCUAAAUAGUAUAACUCUGAUGAAAUAUAAGACUUUUCAUGAAAAAAAACAUCUGCUGUGCCGCAGCUGCUGACUCACAUUGUCUGUGUAACACUUUCCUGUCAUUGUGUAAUUUUAGCGUUUUAAAGAAGUUUGGUUAAGAACUCCUGUAAUGGUAACAAAGCAAGAGUCAGUGAAAAUGUGAAUGAAUGAGAAAUGGUGGAAAUAAUUUAAAGAAAGUCAUUAAACUGUAUGUGACAUAUUAGGGUGUGAGUACAGUAAAUGAUGUGAAUUCCAGCUGAGGAUAUAUUGGCUGUGUAAUAUCUGAAUAGUACUUUUAUAGAUUUCUUGAGGCUUUAUAUUUCCUUUCAGGUCAAUACAACUCAUACUAACGCUCAUGGAAACAUUGUAUUUAUCAAGCAACUCAACAAGAACUCCGCUGGUUUAGUCUUUUAUGACUCCUCCGACUACAACAAGCCUUGAUUUAAGUUUUCUCAAUGUUAAUGCCAUAAUGAUGAUGGUCAGACGACGAGACGACAGUGGACGACAGUGGACGACUGCUCCACAAUGUUUUUUUAAUGUUUUUUUACAAGACACUAAAAUCCUUUAUAACUUCCUUUUUGAAUAUCAAGGAAUGAACUGUAUCAUACAUGAAUCUGCUCUAAAUAUAUUGGACAAUAAGUAUUUUGUGUCAAAUAAAUCCUGAUCUUUUAAAUCAUAUUAUAUUUUUAUUUUUCAUCAUCCGAUGUAGAACAGCAGUUGUUUCCGUGACUCAUGACUGUCAGUGCUUUCUGUAUGUCUUGUCACUUAAUCCACAUUUGCACUAGAUCUCCAAUAAAACCAAGUCCCAGAUUGAA